CGCUAUGAAGAGGUUGACUCACAAUAGAACUGGACAGGGAUAUCAUCCAGAUGGCUCAAUAGACAUGAGUGAUGAUUGGUGGGAGCAGCGUUGUAAGGAAUGGCCUGGAGCUAGGAAAUACAAAGAUAAACCAGUGGCAAACGCAGAUCUAAUGGAACAGAUUUUCAGUGGGGUUCAUGUAAGUGGAGCUGAAGGGUGGAGUGCUCAGCAAGGUGAAAAUGAGUUAGACAAUAUGGAGGUAGAGAAUGAUGAUGCCGCAUCUGAAGCAAGGCAAACCAAUCCUCCAGCAAGGCAAACCAAUCCUGAACCAGAUGCUCCCUCAUCCUCUAAUGGUCCACGAGUCUCCAAUGCUCCACGAGCCUCUACUGUCCCACAGCCUUCUCGGAAAAGGCGUGCAGAACAAGGAGCAGAUGUUAUGAGAAGUAGUCUUCAAUCACGUGAUGAUAUACUCUCUCACAAAAACCACCUAAUAGAAAGCCAUCCAGAUUUGAGUUGCAGUCAGCUUAAGGCUAUGAGUGUCUUGCAUUCACUGUCUAGUAUCAGAAUGUGGUCUCCAUUGUACAAAGCUGCUUAUAAACAUCUCAGGGAAGCUGCUACAAAUCGACAGACGUUCCUAAGUUAUGAAGAUGACGAGAACAAGAUUAUCUAUUUGGAGGAAGAGACCGGUGAAAAAGAGGAAGAGCUCAUGUAUCAUAUGCCAGAAGAUGUUUAUGGAGUUACAAAUCUUCCUCCUCUUCCUCGACAAAUGCUCAGAACAAACAAAGGUGGAGGUUGGCGCCGUGUUCAGCGCCUCAUGUUUGAGAGUGACAAGCAAUGUUUUGACAUCUUAAGGAUGAAUCAAUGUACUUUUAAGAAUCUGUGCUUUAUGCUACGACAAUACUACAAACUUGAAGAAUCACAAAACGUCUAUCAUGAAGAGAGUGUGGCAAUGUUUGUUGAAAUGGUUGCACAAGAUUUAACAGUUCGAGCUUUAGCUGAGAGAUAUCAACGUUCAGUAGAUACGGUGGAUAGAAAACUAGAUCAAGUUCUCUCUGCUCUAUUAAAGCUUGCUGCAGACAUCAUUAAGCCAUCAAUAGGAGAGUUUACUACUCCAAGUCCUGUUCUAGUAAACAAUGAUAGGUACAUGCCGUUUUUUGAAGACUGCAUUGGUGCUUUGGACGGAACUCACUUACCUGUUCGUCCUCCGUCUGAUAAUCCGGAACCGUACAGAGGCAGGAAAGGAGAACCGACAAUCAAUGUUCUCGCAAUAUGCAAUUUGAAAAUGCGAUUCAUCUACGCAUACGUGGGAGUUCCUGGUAGAGCUCAUGACACGAAAGUUCUUACACAUUGUGCGACACAUGAACCCUUCUUCCCUCAUCCACCAGAUGGUAAGUACUAUCUAGUUGAUUCCGGUUAUGUAGAACUAGGUAUCAUUUUGACCAGUUUGCUAGGGGAGGACCACCAACAAACUCUAGAGAAUUGUUUAAGCGGAGGCAUGCUAGUUUACGUUCUGUGA